GUUGUAGUUCAGACUCCUGCCCUAACACGGCCGCGGGUCGUCGGCUCGGACAUCUGAGGCCGUCCUGGCCUUCGGCUCUGGGCUCGGAGGAUGGAUCCAGGACCCGGGACCGACACGGCGCCGCUGGCUGGCCUGGUCUGGUCGUCGGCUUCGGCGCCUCCGCCACGGGGAUUCAGUGCGAUCUCCUGCACCGUGGAAGGGACGCCCGCCAACUUCGGCAAGAGCUUCGCGCAGAAGUCUGGCUACUUUCUGUGCUUCAAUUCUUUGGGCAGCCUAGAGAAUCCGCAGGAGAAUGUGGUGACCGAUAUCCAGGUCCUGGUGGACAAGAGCCCCCUCCCACCGGGCUUUUCCCCGGUCUGCGACCCCCUGGACUCCAAGGCCUCUGUGUCCAAGAAGAAACGCAUGUGUAUGAAGCUGGUGCCCCUGGGGGCUGCAGACACAGCUGUGUUUGAUGUCCGGCUGAGUGGGAAGACCAAGACAGUGCCUGGAUACCUGCGAGUAGGGGACAUGGGAGGCUUUGCCAUUUGGUGCAAGAAGGCCAAGGCCCCCAGGCCGGUGCCCAAGCCCCGAGCUCUCAGCCGGGACAUGCGGGGCCUCUCCCUGGACCCACCUGCCCAGCCCAGCAAGGGCGGCUUUCCAGAGCGGACCCUGUCCCGGGUUGGCUCUCGGGCAUCUACUCUGCGGAGGAGCGACUCCAUCUAUGAGGCCUCCAACCUCUAUGGCAUCUCAGCCAUGGAUGGUGUUCCCUUCACACUGCACCCGCGAUUUGAGGGCAAGAGCUGUGGCCCCCUGGCCUUCUCUGCCUUUGCCGAUCUGACCAUCAAGUCACUGGCGGAUAUUGAGGAGGAGUAUAACUACGGCUUUGUGGUGGAGAAGACUGCGGCUGCGCGCCUGCCCCCCAGCGUCUCGUAGCCCUUCGUCAGCCCCAGGGAAGAGUCCCCCCUGCCGGACACCCGGGACUGGCAGCCACCCCGCCCCACAGCAUCUUGGGAAUCUUGGUGGCGCAGGGCAUUUUAGACCCUCAGCUACGCAGCGGAGGGACAGCCCUGGAGAAGGGAGCAGGACCGGUCCGCUCGGUGAUGGGGUCUCUCGCCCCUGGGCCCUGCAGGGCAGGGGUGGGGGCUGGACGGAAACCAGUGCCUUCAAGUCAUUUGUGUCAAAACUCUGGUGCCUGGAGGCCACGCGGGCGUCCUCCUGGCAAUAAACACCUACCUGCGCUCGCCGUCUGGAGUCCCGAUCCCGGCCGCCGGUCCUCUGUGGUUCAAGGUGUUCACCACGCACGCGCGGCACGAGCCAGGGGGCGGAGGUGCCCCCAGUGCAGGACAUCUAAGGCGGCGCUGCCACCACUCGCCUUCUACAGAGGGGGAAUCAGGCUCCGCGAGUGCCUGAGCCGGGGACGUAGGUCACAGAGAAGACCUGGUCCGCCCUUCCAGCAUUGCGCAAAACGCGAAUAAUCGUUUCAGUCACAUUUAUAUUGCGGGGACCUCAGCCCCAACACCUGAUGCGCAGCGUCUCUUUCAGUCUUCCGGCACCCCUGUGGGAAGCCCCGGUUUUGUCUCGUUUUACGGAGCGGGAAACUGAGGCAGGGGCCGCUAAGGUCACAGCUGGGAUCUGAACCCAGGGCCUGCUGUCUGAACUUUCGAGCUUCUCUACGUGUCUCUUUUCCUCUGCCGGGUGACGGGUACGUUCCGUCCAUUCUCAUUAUUGGCAGUAGUUAGGUCCCUUAAUGUCACAGCGAAAACUGAGUUAGGGAGUACCGGAUUCCAAGGGGGGUUCCUACCAGCCUUUGGUCACAUUUUUGUCAAGCAAUCGGUACCGGGCCUUGUUUUGUGUGUGUUUCAAGACCCCGUGUUUAAUACAUACUGCUGAUAAGUUAAUGUUGAA